AUGGCCACUACUUACCGCAAGCAUCGCCAAACCCUCCUUCAAAACUCAAAGACCCUUCGAUCCAGGACGGUCUACUCUAUAACUGCCUCUGUACCUCAUUCCUCCUCUUACCACAGAAGGCAUAUCCGUCAAACUAUUCGAUCCCAGUUAAGUCGGGGCAAAGAAUUUCAAACCCAUGAGAACUCUGGCAACGUCGAGGGUCAUCCGCCUUGCGUCUCUCUAAUGAUUUUAACUGGCUCUAGCGCUGCUUCUGGUUAUAGUAAUAAUACUACUCCCUUAUACUACAAGGGUAGCAAUGUGGAUGAUAGUCCAAUGUUGCUGGAAGAUGACGCAGAAAAUGGCACCCAUGUGGCUAGGUACGACAGCCUCAUGCAUGAUGAUGAGCAUGAGCCACUCAACGAAGCCUUCCGGCCCUCUUUAGCUGACAAGCAAGCUACAUAUAUGAUUUUAAGCUCGUAG